CUUCUCUUCCCACCUCACUUACCAUUUUCUAUUCAACUCUCUCCUUUCGUGAUUUGGUAACGAGAGGAAGGAAGCUUGCUUUAGGUUGUUCAUGGGGAACCUAAACUGCUCGAAUGAAAAGCUUAAUCCACUAUUCUCCACGCACUGAUGGUCCGAUGCUACGGGUUGUUCUGUUGGUUCCCCACACCUGUACUCCUUGAUGGCUUUUCUUGGCUUGUUCUGAGAAAAGCGAGAUGGCCGAAAAUGAUAAGUUUUAUAUGCACCUACUUGACGAUUUCCGAGUCUUUCCUUCUCAUACUGCUGCUCUAGCCUUGCAUAUACCUCACGAUUUUAUCAGAUAUUUCAUCAGGAAGAAGGUCGAGAAGGCCGAUACUGCAGUCUUGAGGAGCCCUCUGGGCAAAUCAUGGCAUGUAAAAGUUCAUGGAAAUUUUAAGGACAUGUACUUUGGAGAGGGCUGGCAGGAUUUUGCUGUAGCACAUGAUUUAAGUGUGGGAUUCCUCUUGGUAUUCAAGUAUAAAGGCAACAUGGAAUUUAAAGUCACCAUAUUUGAUCUGAGUGCCUGCGAGAAAGAGUACAAUCCCUUUCACGCAAACUGUAGUUCGGAUAUUGAUAGGAGACCAAUAUCCGGUUCUUCCGAGCAGUUGGUUGCUGAGCACAAGAAGUUUAUAGCGUACUUGAACAGACAAGUGGCGAUCAGAGAUUUCAAACCUGUGAAGAAAGUGUACGAAACUAGAAGCUGUUGCUCACUUGGACCACAUUUCAAGGCCAUCAUAAAGCAUUAUAAUCUUAAGUUAAAACCCUACAUGAAUGUUCCGACUAUAUUUCAAGCAUCCUAUAGCCUCUCAAGCAAGCGUCAGGUGAUCCUGAGAGAUCCACAAUGGCAGCUGUGGCCAGUGAGACUUUAUCACAGAAGGCGGAACACCAUGGUCCAGACUCAUUUUGGUUCUGGUUGGCGGGAGUUUCACAUGUACAACAAUCUGAAAGAAGGCGACACCUGCAUCUUUGAGAUUAUACCAGAAGACCAAAAUGACAUCAUGCAUGUCCACAUAUUCAGAAAAUGACGGAUGCCAAGGCAACUGCUUUGUAACAUAUGUUUUAUCUUAUUUUCGGUUGAGUAGAAGAUGUGUUAUAUAUCUAAUGAAAGAUAAU